AUGGACGGAACUUUUUCACCAACACCGCCAUACUUUGAUCAAGUAUUUACACUUCACUGCUUGAAAUUCGACUGCAACUUUCCUUGUAUUUUUGGUUUAUUACCUGAUAGAAAAAAAUCAACUUACCAAUGUUUAUUUCGAGAACUGAAAAGUGUUGCUGCAACAAUGAAUCGUGUCUUCAAACCCGAGCAGAUAAUUACUGAUUUCGAGAGUAGUUUGAUGCCAGCAAUAUCUGUUGAAUUUUCUGAAAUAGUUCAUAGUGAUUGUUAUUUUCAUUAUAAUCAAUCGAUUUAUCGGCGCAUUCAAAGUUUGGACUUAGCUACAGCUUAUUCAAGUGAUGAUGAAAUAAGAAGCUGUUGUAGAAAAUUAAUGUCAUUAGCAAUGAUGCCGCUUCAAGAAGUCGAAACUUCGUUUUACAAUUUACGUGAAGCAACAAAUUCAAGAGUAAAACAAGAACUUCGUCAAUUAUUUUUAUAUUUUGAUCAAUACUGGAUGACUGAAGUACCAUUGGAAAUCAGAUUUAAUCGAUGUAUUCAACAAACAUACGCAAAUAUUUGGUCAUUUAUACCAUGUCUUGUUGGUGAAGAACGUCGAUUUCAACAUACAUAUAUUCGAAUAACUACAAGUGCUCAACGACGACCUAAAUCAAAUGCAGCAGAUGGUAUUCCAAAAUGGAUUAAUGUCCUAAAUAAACAGUACAACCAGCAGAAAACUGAUGCUGAACAAUUAUUAGAAAGUUUGCCGAUGUUGGUUGGAAAAAAAAAAUUCAUUAAUUUAUCACUUUUUAUAGUCAAUUUUCGUUAG